UCUAUCAAAAUAUUUUGUUUUGAUUAUUGAAGUAAAUUAAAAUUAUGAUUUAUCAGAGCUGAAUGUUUUUAUUUUAUAUAAAUUUAUAAUCGUUUCUCAAAAUAAUUGUGGGACAAAAAAAUACCAUAGAAAGCUAAAAAGUAUUAAAACUCUGUAAUUAAAUAUUGUGACACUGGGUAUGGCCCCACAACCUGUAGUAACUGGAUUAUCACCGAAAGAAGGUCCGCCUGGUACUCGUGUAACUAUCAGAGGAGAAUUUUUGGGUACAAGAGCAACUGAUCUUAUAGGUUUAACUAUUUGUGGGACUGAUUGUCUUCUGUCAGCUGAAUGGAAGUCAUCAAAUAAAAUUAUUGCAAGAACCGGUUUCGCUAAAGGGAAAGGUGAUAUUAUUGUUACAACAGUAAGUGGUGGUGUUGGUACUUCUACUGUUCAAUUUAGAGCAUAUCAUGAGACAAUUGGCCCCCUUAAAGAAUCAGCAGUUUGGAUUGAGGAAUCACCGAUGCAGUCAUUAACAUGGGGUCGAAGAACACUUGCACCAUCCGGGUAUACACAAGAUGAUCCCCUUGGGCUCUCAAUAGAAGGAAAUGAAAAAAAAUUUCCCGAAGAUCUACGAGAAAUAUUUCCAGACUGCAAUGGAGAUUUAUCACAGGAAAAUUUUUCGCCUGGUUGGUUUUUACUUGAAAAUCAUCACGGAACUUCUUUCGAGGACUUAAAGGCCGGUUUAGCUUAUUUAAAAAGAAAAGUGGAAAGCCAAAAAGAAGGACAAUUAUCCUUUUUAAAGAGUAACGCUGGUUCAGUCAUAGAUCAGUUAGACACGCUUAUGAAUAUAAGAGAAAAAUUUCAAGAAGAUUUAAAAGAAAUCGGGCCAGAACCGUUAAAAGAAUUAGAAUUGUCCAUUGAAAGUUCAAUAAAGGAGAGUAAAAAUAUUUUUAAUGAUGUGCUAACCAGAAAGGAGAAAGCUGAUUCAACACGAGCUGCCCUUUUUGCUCUUUCAAGACAUAGAUUCCUUUUUUGUCUCCCAAAUGCAAUAGAUAAAAGUGCGGCAGCUGGAGAAUACGAUAUUGUUGUCAACGAUUAUUCACGUGCAAGAAAUCUUUUCGGAAAAACUGAAAUUCCUAUUUUCAAAAAAGUUCUUGACGAAGUUGAUCAUAGAGUUCUCAACGUACGUAAACAACUUCACGAAAAAGUUGUGAAAAUGCCACAGAGUGUAGAACAGCAGAAAAAAUUAAUAAAAGCUUUAGUUAAUUUGGAGAUUCAACAAUCUGGAAUGCUUGUUAAUGAAAGACUAAGAACAAUCGACCCAGCUUGGGACGCAAUAGAUGCAAGAGCUAAAUACCUGGAACAAACUUUUAAGCAAACUUUUGAUUUAAUGGCUUCGAAAGAUUCUGAGAAAGAAAAAUCUUAUUUUUCAGAGUCAAAAUCUAGAGAACGUGAUCCGAAUCAACCACCAAAUCGUGUUUUAUUUUGUGAAGAAAUAUGUGACAUUGCGGCAAGUCAACUACCUGAUCUAUGGCGUUUAGGUCAAAGUUAUUUUACCGGAGAAUUACGGGGAACUAGUGAUCCCAAACCAGGAGAUUUUAAAAGAAUUAUCCUUAGCAGUAUUGAAAAAUUUUGCACAUUCCUUCGAGUGGUUCUACUGGUUCAGUUAGAUCAAAGAUUAAUGCGUCAGACCACUGGUCUUAGUUGGCCAAGCAGUUCGUCAUCUGUAACACAACAAUUUUUACUCUGGCUUCCACAGUGCUUAAGAUAUAUGCGAAUCGCGUAUGCAACCUUAAUACAGUUAGAUCUGCCUAGUGAAGCGCUUGAUAUUGUACAAAAAUUUAUUGAUGACUUGAGAUUAUUUUGUUUUUCAACAAUUUUCAAGCGUUCUAUUGAUCGUGUAAAAAAACUUGUGCAAAAGGAGACAUGGAUAAUGGGUGUUGAAGAUUUUCCUGGGGCAACUAUGUUGCCAUCAAUGCUGGAAGAAAUUAUUGUGGAAACUUUAGAAGAAGGACAAAAUGCAUGUAUGAACCCUGAAAUAAGAGAAGGUAAUUUAUUAGAGUCCCAAUCUGAAGGUCAAAGAGAACUUUCACAAAAACUUCAGGAUAUGUUGUCUGCCUUUUGUAGUGUUAUUGAAAAUUUAGCUUCGCAAUCACAAGAUGAUGAGGGACAUCAACCGACCAUUUCGUUACUAGGUUUUUCGUCAUUCCAACAAAAUGGUGUUGAAAGAAAAAACUGGGAUUCAGCUACAUCUUGGGAACAAAGAAUUCUCUGCUGUUUAGCAAAUUGUUCAUACUGCAGCAAAGUUUUCUUUCCUCAUAUCGGGACUAUUUUUGUCAAAUAUGGUUAUCCAUUACCAAAAUUGGCUAUUGAAACAAGUCGCGCAUCUAUGAAUCAAUUAUUUACCACAUUAUUAGAAGAUUUCGUGGAACGUAAAAGUGAUCCCCUGGUUGGUACAAUAGAGCCUUCCAUGUAUAUUGCACAAUUUCAAUGGGAUUCUGAAAUGGAAAUUGGUAAAUUAAGACCAUAUGCUCAAGAAUGUUGUGAUAAUUUGGUUGGAGUAUAUUCUGAAAUAUUUACUAUCUCACCAUCGUUAUUACGUCCUGUUCUGGAACCAAUAACCCAAACCAUUGCAGAAGAAUUAGCGAGAUUAAUGAGUUGCGUUCAAAACUUUAGUCGUUCAGGAGCUAUUCAAGCUAAUGUAGAUAUACGAUUAAUUAGAGAUGCAUUAAAAUUAUAUAGUAACGAAACAGCAAAAACAUUUUUUAUGGAAGCUCUAGAAGCUAUUCCACCACCAGAAGAUCCAAAAAGAAUUGAUCAAAUAUUAGAUAAUAUUAAACAGAAUAUGAAAUUGCAAUUAAUGUCAUUUACCGUACCAAAUCCAUAAAUCGUAUUUGAGAAUACAUACCUCCAUGCGUAUAUAAUAUAUCGAAAACUUUGAAAAAUUUUUAAUAUUGCAAUAUUUAAAAAAUUAAAUUGAGUUAAUUGAAAAUAAUAAUUUUACAUAUGUGCAUAUAUUUAUAUAUUAUCUUGAAGUUAUAUUACCGUGACUAUAAAUUUAAUAGAUCAAACUAAAGUCAUAUGUUUUAUUUAUUUUAAAGGAUCAUUGCUUUUUUUCUAUUAAAA